AUGAAGUGUCUCGACAAAAAACGCAUCAAGCUCAAAUCCGGCGAGUCGAUGGCCCUUAACGAGCGCACUAUUCUUUCCAGAGUUAGCUCUGGGGACGCCUCGCCUUUCAUAGUGUGCAUGACCUACGCAUUCCAAACACCCGAAAAACUUUGCUUCAUCUUGGAUUUGAUGAACGGUGGAGAUCUGAAUUACCACCUUAGUCAACGAGGCACCUUCAACGAGGAUGAUGUGAAAUUUUACGUUGCCGAGAUAAUUCUUGGACUGCAGCACAUGCACGAGAGAAAUAUUGUAUAUCGCGACUUAAAGCCUGCAAACAUCCUGUUGGACGAGUGUGGUCACGUGCGGAUAAGCGAUCUUGGACUGGCUUGUGAUGUGUCCGAGAGUUGGCCCACGGCCGCGGUGGGCACGCAGGGUUACAUGGCGCCAGAGGUUUUGCAGAAAGGCGUUCCCUAUGCAUUCUCCGCUGACUGGUAUUCUCUUGGCUGUACUGUCUACAAACUCCUCGUGGGUUCAUCUCCCUUCCGCCAACACACCAGCAAAAGGCGCUACUGCGAAGCCCCAAUUGGCAGGCAGAAGGUGGGAUUUGUUUGA